UGGUUAAAAUUUACUGGAAAUUAUUGUGCCUGUUAGGAUUUAAAGUUAAAGGUACACUUGAAUUUCUUUCUUUUUUUUCAUGCGAUAAUACAAUGCCCGCUCCAGCGGAAGUCCAAUUAGUCUGCGGUCUUCCGCGGCGUGUUAUUCUCAUUCAUCAUUAGAUGCGUCGCGUAAAUUAAAUAGAUAAAUAUAUCACUUCCUAGAGAUCUAUUCACAUAUAUUAAUUUGUAAUAUCUUUAAUAUCUUUAUGUACUUUACGCAUCGCAAGACACAAUACGGUGCUACCUGACGCACUGCGUGCACAUUCGUUUCCGCAGUGACUGCCGCAUCAGUCUGCUUUCGUUGCAAAUUAGAUAUCAAACGAAGAUAGAGCGAUGCAUCUGCGACUCUCACUGUGUAAACGAAUGCACACUUCGGCUGUGUUUCCCUACCUUUCUUUUUUUCUCACCGCAUUGGACGAAUUUCUCCUUGCGUUCCGCGCGAGACGAAAGUAUUUUACAGAGUUCACUGAACGCAGUCCAACAACAAGAGCGCAAAGCGCAUGUCAAACAAAUUAGAUCCGUCGGCGGGCCUCGCCUAGUUACUGCGAACAUUUAUAAGCGAUUCUAGCCCUCCUGAUUCCGGAUUAAUGAGAGAGAAAACGCAAGCGGAAGAUGAGCUUCUCCGAGAUGCGCGGGGUCGGACGGAGGAUCCAGCCGUCAGCGGCGCGCAAGAAAUCGCGCGUGACGCUUCGGACCGGGUUGGCCUUCAACACCAACGCUUAUCAAAACCUUUCAAGGAUACCGCGGCAUUACUGGACCAGCGGUCACGAACACCUGGGCGAGGCUGGAAACGUGAGGGAUGAACAAUCGCCCUUUGCCUUUCCCUCCUGCUCCCAGACCCUGGCCUAUCUUCAAUGGUGGAAGGCGCAGAAGAAGAAAGCGAUAUCCGAACGCGGUAGAAGAGUCAGGGAUCGACACAGAAUCCCGCAGUCCCGCGAUAUUUUGCACGUUGAGAUAGAAGCGGAGGAGGCAAAGAAACACAAGGAUCCGGAUAAGGCGGUUGCCAUGACGGACGUGGAUCCACAGUAUUUCAUAGAAUUGUCCGGCAGACCCGUGAAAGAGAAUUUCUCGUUGGAGCAAUACGUCCGAGACCUACGAGAGGUACUGAAGACAAAACUCCUCAUUGGACAAGAGAAAGACGAUUGCAUUCGCAUCGAUCAGCAGUUCGAGCAAGAAACACGCCGGCUACGACAAAUUCAGCACCGUUGCCGACGAUACGCAAGCGACUUCGAGGAGUUCCUGUCGAAGGAUCACGAGGAAAGCAUGCGUAUGCUGGAGAAGGCGGAACGGGAGGCGAAGCUGACGGAGGAGAUCAGCGGCCGGCGAAACGAGCUCGCGAGACAAUUCGGCCAGAGCAGGCUGGACGUUUACGUCUGGGAGGAAAACUGGCGGCUGGUGAAGAUGUGCCAGAUGUUCCUCUAUCGGGUGUCGCCCGUCGCCUGGAGGGCCAAGCACGACUGGCUCCAGCGGUCCGAAUCGGGCAGGAGCAUCAUCUUCGCCGACGCUCCGUCGACGGAUCUGUUCAGUAGAUACAAGACCCUGGACGAGAGCGCGUCCCUGGAGAACUUGAUAGAACUGUUCGAGCAGGACGUCGUCGGCGCCGGCCCGGCCGAAUUGUACUUCGAGGAUCCGUUCGACCUGAUCCGCAUCUUCCGGGCGAUGGAGACUCAGAAUUUAAACGCGCUCAUACACCUCGAGUCGCUCGCCGCACCGAUGGCGGACAUGGCUAUGACUAUCACCGUCACCGAGGCGCAGAUCAAACGAGAGAUCGACGAGAUCACUUCGACGAUCGACGAUCUGGAAAAUUCCAUCGCCAAGACAGAGAGCAGAGCGGCAAAUCUCGAGGAAUACACAAACUACCUUCUUCGAGAUGUCUUCCGACGUCUAGUCUGCUCCGAGGAGGUACUCUAUCUUCGCGUCUUCGUAGAGGACACCUAUGAGAGCUGCGUAGGGCCGAACGACGCGAAUCUCGAUAGCUUCUCGAUGAUGAGGUGGAUCGAAAAAGUUCACGAAGAGCUUAAUCUUCAGCUGGACAAUCUACCGCGCGAAAUCGUCCGUGCUUGCGAGCGAGAAGGAUUCCGGCAAGAGAUGAGGGCUAUCAAGGAGGCGGAAGACGCUGCAAGGAAGUUCGAGCUAAUGCACCGGCUAUUGGACGCGCUGAAGCGCAUCAUGGAGCCGCCUACGAGGAGGAAACGGCCUCUAAUUCGACGAUCGGCACCCAUCACGACCAAGACGAGGCCACCGUCGCGCUUGCCAAAGCCAACGGACGAGGAAGCCCAAUACCUCGCCUUCUUCACAGAUUACUGCGAGCGCGACGACUUCGUCGCGUAUCGUUCCAAGUUCCCGGACGACUUCGACCUGACAUUCGAGAGCAAGCGCGAGAUCGAGGUGGAAACGCUUAACGAAAAUCGGGAGCAAACGCGAGAAAAGGAGAAAGAGGAGGAGGAAGAGACAGAGAGGAAGGAGGAGGAAAGAAAGUGAAUGUACCGUCAUUGAAAACGUA